AUGGAAAGUUCCAAAAGUCCCACUAAGAACCCAGAUAUCUCUGAGACUCCGACCUCGGACCUGGAGGCAGAGAACACCAACCGAGACCCGAAAGACUUGUUGUAUCGAUCGGACCUAACAGAGCUCACGCCAGUUGAAGCAUUCAAAUGGAGCGUAGAGGGAGACCAGUCGCCGUUUCCAGAAGUUGCGGCUUGUGUGUCCAACAAAGAUGAUCCUACUCUCGCUUGUAAUACUGUCCGGGCCUGGAUAUUGAUGACGAUCUUUGUUAUACUGUUCUCCGGGGUCAACCAGUUCUUCGGUCUUCGAUAUCCUUCCCUCUCCAUUGGCUAUGUCGUCGCUCAAAUACUAGUCUUCCCUAUUGGUCGAGCAUGGGAGAAGCUUCCUAGAUGGAGGGUCCCUUUGGGAAUGUUUUCAUUUGAUACCAACCCAGGGAAAUUCACCAUCAAGGAGCACGCAUUCAUUGUUAUUUGCGUCAACAUCAGUGCAACCACCGCCUAUGCACAAGGCGCCCUGGUAGCGAUCAUCAGCCCUGUAUACUGGAACCGUGACUUUGGAGCUGGUUUCUCUUUCCUAUACCUCUUGACAACCCAGAUGAUAGGAUUUGGACUGACAGGCCUUGCCCGCCGGUGGAUCGUAUACCCAGCAGCCUUAGUCUGGCCUACUUCACUAUCCUCGACCGUCCUCUUCCGUGCGCUACAUGAGCCUGAGGGCCGCACACCGGCCAAUGGCUGGACAAUUACUCGGUAUCGCUUCUUUGCCUACAUCACAGGCUUUGCAUUUGUGGCAUUCUGGUUCCCGGAUUAUAUCUGGACCAGUCUUAGUACAUUUGCUUUCAUCACUUGGAUUAUACCUCAUAAUCAGAAAGUGAAUACAUUGUUCGGAAUGAAUUCCGGCUUGGGAUUACUCCCCAUCAGCCUCGAUUGGACACAGAUCAACUACGCCGGCUACCCACUCACCACACCAUUCUACAUCACCUGCAACGCAUUCGCAGUCGUGGUGCUAUUUUACUUCUUCUUAUCGCCCAUCCUAUAUUAUUCGAAUGUGUGGUAUAGCGCCUACCUGCCACUCCUCUCCUCUGGUACAUUCGACAACACAGGCGGCUCAUACAACGUGUCCCGCGUCAUCGACGCAAGCUCUAACUUCGUAGAAAGCAAAUACAAGGAGUACUCCCCGAUGUACAUAUCAAUGUCCUACUCUCUCACCUACGGCUUGUCUUUUGCCGCAGUAACCGCAAUCGUGGUACAUACCUACCUAUACAACGGCACGGAGAUCUGCGCUCGGCUCAAGAACUCGCAGCAUGGUGGUGAAGAUAUUCAUCGACGUUUGAUGCGUGCUUAUAAAGAAGUUCCGGAAUGGUGGUAUGGUCUUCUUACGGUUGUGAUGAUCGGUUUAGGUAUCUUGACAACUAAGUUCUGGGACACUGAGUUGCCGGUUUGGGGCUUUAUUGUUGUUUGUGUUGGGCUCGCUGUGCUUUUGAUGGUUCCUGAGGGUAUUCUUCAGGGUACAACUAACCAGCGUGUAUUCCUGAAUAUCAUUACGGAAAUGAUUGCUGGGUAUGCUUGGCCUGGAAAGCCGAUUGCUAAUUUGAUGGUUAAGUGUUAUGGGUAUAAUGCUGUAAAGCACGGUAUGGACUUUGCGCAGGAUUUGAAGCUUGGGCAAUAUAUGAAAAUUCCCCCGCGCGUUCUGUUCUUUGGUCAGAUCUAUGCUAGCAUCCUAGCAACAGCAACUCAGACUGGAGUUCUACGAUGGAUGAUGGGACACAUCACCGAUCUAUGCGAGUCAACCAACAAGCAACGAUUCACAUGCAACGGUGCCAAGGUCAUGUACAAUGCAUCCUUGAUUUGGGGAACCAUUGGCCCGCAACGAAUGUUCCAGUCUGGGCAGGUGUACAACGGACUUGUAUACUUCUUCCUCAUCGGGCCUAUUGUUACUGCAAGUGUAUAUCUGCUAUACCGCCGCUACCCCAACAGCUGGAUUCGCUAUGUCAACGUACCAAUUUUCUUCAAUGCGGCUGGUAAUAUACCACCUGCGAACACUACCCAAUACUCUCUUUGGUUCAUAGUCGGUUUCGUCUUCAAUUACUUGAUCCGCAAGCGCGCCUUUGACUGGUGGAAACGCUACAAUUAUCUACUGCAAGCUGCCAUGGACACUGGAACAGCAAUUGCAACAAUCAUCAUUUUUUUUGCGCUUGGCUACCACUCUAUCGCGUUCAACUGGUGGGGAAACACUGUGGGAUCUAAUACCGACGAUGCCAACUCGGUCCCUUGGUUGACUGUCCCUAAAGGUGGAUACUUUGGGAAGGGACCCGGAGAGUUUUGA